CAAGCCUACUCUUUUGUACACAGAGAGGGCAAGACCUUGUUUGGUUCUGAUGAUAGACUUGACCAGUUUUCAGAUUUUUCGCUGAAGCUAGUGGGAGAGAUUUGGCAAAACCCCGCGACGCCACAAUUGCAAGUUCAGGGACACGAGGGGCAGUGGUUGGCAUCAAUGACCGGCUUCGUAUUCUCUCAAAAGUUUACCAGGUAUGUUUACUUAGUUUGUUGUUAAAGCCUCUUGGUUGAUUGAACAAUGAGACAACGUAAUCGUUGAUCUUAGUUAACAAGAACUGAUAUAAAUGACUCAUAUUAUUGCAAUUCUCUGGCUAACUUAUUAAAAUGAAAAUAUUUUGGUAGAUCAGGACGAUACCACGUGCUAAGAGAUAAUUAAAAAAGGGAGCUUUGGACUAAAAACACGUGUAGUUUUUUAAUGACGUUAAGCUGGUUGGCAAACUGAAUCCCCCACCUUAUGCGGGAAUUAUACUUGUAGUGUGAAUUCGUAUAAUGUUAAUGAUAUUCCUAAUUUAUUUUUUGGUAUUUAUGCGAUAUCCUAGCCAGUGCCACGCAUUGGAGCCCGCGAGAAGAUCCAUACGCAAUUACGUAAUGCAAUUGGCUCAUUCCGUAAAUUUCACUCUAGGACUCUAUAUCGACUGGAUCGGUGAUGCGAGGCGGUCGCUUAAAAGAGGCUUUUUUUUUUUUGGACCGCUGGUUCUAGAGGUUUUUCUACUCGCUCUAUCUUUCGCGAAGAAAAGUCAACAAAAAUUUCAAGAAAAACCUCUGGGACCAGGGUAUUGCUUUGGUUACCUAUCUGAAUAACCACGAAAACAAACUCGAACUGAAACGACGUUAUAAAGUUUAAGAUAAAGUUAAGAUUGAACGUAACAUUUGAGUAUAGGUAUUGUUACAUGCGGUUUAUACCUGAUCUGCUGCGUGGUCCGAGCGCUUGCAGGAAACUGAAAACGAACACACCGUAGCCCAACUCAACCAUGGCCUUGAGUAUUCAAAUCGCGUUUUUCUUGAUAAUUUGAUUUGUAAACACCAAAAAAAAUAUAUACGCAAAAUUUAAUAACUUUAUAGAAAAUUUACAACGGUAUUAACUUGUAAUAGCAACAACAUAUACUGGGAUGUAAAUGGACAACCACAAAGUACUAAUUAGUUUUACUUGUAAGUACCCUGUUCUAGUUUAUCCAAAACAUGUUUAGUAGUGUUCACACUUCUUUUUUUUUUUUUGGAUAAUGAAGAUGAGAACGCUAAAAUCGUGAAUUUAAUGCCCUUUUUCCAUAUUUGACUGCUGAAAUCGCGAAAACAAAACUCUGCGAAAUACACCCACUUUCGCAGCUCACGUGGAUAAGAUCCAUAAAUCUCACUUUUGAAAAUAAAUGAUAAGUGCGGCGGGCUUUUUGAGUGACUGACCCCGUCGCCCCCCUCCCACAAAUUGCGAGCUACCCUAAAAGCGCCUGCGUGGUAUGUUGGAAGGCUAUCGCUGAUAGCACUGGCGGUCUAGUGUUAGAGUUUAAUAACACCACGAGAAAAGAACUGCGGACAUUUGAAAAGUAUUGAGAAAAGAUGUUUAAAGUUUGUACGCCUUUUUUCUUUAUUUUAAACGCUAUUUAAUAAACCAGCCUUUGAAACAACUUUAAGCGUCAUAUACCAGCUCUAACACCGUCUAUGACAAUUAUGUUUAGGUUGAUCUCCCUCAAGGGAAGCGAUUUUGACACCAAGAGAAGUCUAUUGGAAGCGAUACGAAGAGGCUUUCCCGGUGGGAGUGUUUCCUUCUCACCAGGCGUUAAAAAUGAACAUGUGAAUGCUUAUUGGCAGUGGAUAUCUGCCUUGUAUGAUCCGCAGGAGGGGGUUAAAGUUUAUGGAACAUCGCAUCUUGGCCUUCACAGUGACAAUUAUUGGAUCCUGGGUGACGAGGUGACUACUUGAUUUUGUAGUAGUUAGUUAUACACCAGUCAGCCUCCCCAACACACUUGCAUCUUGUGAUCUAAAUAUGUUGUGUUACAGAGAACGGCAUUCAAAUAUUUUAUUUUGGAAGAAAGAAACUAUUCUUUAGCUGUUGCAAAUACUAUUAGUGAGUGUGAGUUUGGACCUAGUCUAGUCUAAGACCAUGUGAUGUUAUCCGGGGAAUUUCCCUUAAAUGAUUUUCAUAAAUUGUGCAUAGAUAUACUCAAGGAUAUGUGAAAUUGUUGGUUAUCCUGUAUAGUUUUGAAAUUAGUGACUUGGUACCCAAGCUUGAAAAGGUCUUAAAUUUUACUUGUCAUAUUGAAAAGUCCUUGAAUUCGUUUUAGGUAUCUGCAUUUCAAAUGACUAUAAAAAUUGUCAUCUUCAAGCUAGGACAUUAAGUCUCAGUCUUCUAUCUUGUUAGUAAUAAUUAAAAUAUCAUUUUCAUCACCUGUUGUUGAAAUGCAAAAUGUCAACUGUCUCCAGGUCCACCUUUGGAGGAAUGGACCUGUAGAGCUGCAUGAGAGAAAGUUCCAUCUUAUGCAUAAUUUACACGAUUAUGCCACAACAAUCAACAUCCAGCUGUUAAAAAAGGAUGCGUUAAUCUCUGUAUGCCAAAGGUAAGUGAUUCACACUUUGGCAUGAAGCACAAAAAGUUGGUAGAUUGUCUACCCUAUACUAAAAAAAUCUGAUCUACUUAGUGAAUUGUUAAUCACUGCAAUUGACGAUAAUUAACAUUUUACCCUCUAAAACAUUUUAUUGCUUGGUAUAAUGCCAAGUGUAGUUAUGUAGCUAGGGCUUCUUUUCCUUAAAAAUAGCCAUGCAACCAGGGUUCCAGUUUUGAGGAUUGAUGAACAAAUCUCGUAGACCUUUUUUUUUUACUCAGUUAUUAUAAAAAGAGACAAAAUUAAUACCUCCCAAAGUACCUCCCAUCCAUAAUGUUUCUUUAUAUAAUCAUUUUACAUCAAAUUAUGACCUUUUUUCCUUUUUGUUCAAUUUUUAUGUAGUUUACUUGAUGCCUCAACUUAUCUUGGCCCAAAUUAUGGUCAAUUUUUAAUGGUGUUGGGUUUUAGUCUGUCAAGACUAAUACGCACUCAAAAUUUGGAGGAUGUCUGGGGUACGUGUUUUAGAAAAUCCAAUGAAUAUAACUGAACUUAACUUAACUUAACUCCACUUUAUUAUCCCAUCGCUCAUAUAGUACAAACCCAGUAAAGCCAAAGCCGGGGGCUUACACGGCCUGUGGUCAGAAUAACAGAAAUUAUUUUACAUGGAAAUGAAGACUGUAGGCUAAACAACAAAACAAAAACAAGAUAUAAUACUGAAAUUAAAUAAGUUUACAUGCAUGCAGUCCUAUAACAGUCCACAACUAGUGACAAUUAAACUAACAAUAAGCUAUGAGAAUCCUGCGAAUGAGAAUUAUUAUUUAUAUCUAUAAGAAUUAUUUUGCAGAGAAAGAAACUUACUUGAUUUCUAUCAGUCAUAAUUAGUGUCUAGAGUCAACCUGCAGGGCAUUUCAUUUAUUGCUUGUGCGAAUUUAAUCAAACUAAAUUUUAAUACAUUAAACAGUUUUUAGUGUUUUCAUUAGAAUUAGACCUUUCUUUUAUCAUUCACCAUUUGAAUUACACCAUUAUCUGUUUUUCUCCUUUCAAGGUGAAAGCAAUAUUGGACUCAUCCACUCUUCAGAAAAAAAUUGUGGCAAAAGCCUUACUUUGUAUCUUCUGAGCAAGUUGCAAGGCCUUGCAAGUAGGCACCACCCACUCCUGUUAUCAGGAGGGAACCAGAGUACUUCUGGGACGUCUGCGUAUGUAUCUUCUAUCUUUUCACACAUUAUUUUUACAGCUGGAAAAUGAAUUUGGUGGGAAAAGUGAAAAAAAAAAAAAAUACCACAAAUAAAAUUUAUGGGUUUCAGCCUAUAGAGACAAAUGUACUUUAUUUUUACGUUCCAAUGGUAUAAACAACUGCUUGCUCAAAGCUAUUUUUGAAUGCUACUAAUUGCCAAAUACAAAUUGUUUAUCUGAUCACUUUCCUUUUCUUUUGUUUUCUUGUCCCAGUUAUAAUAAAUUAUUGCUGAUGUGUGCUGAUGUGUACUUAUGCAACAUUCUAUUCAAAGAAUCAAAUUAUCUCAGAUUUACGCAUCAUAAUUUGGUUAUUUGACUGUUCCAGAAUGCCCAGUGCCUGGCAUGACUGACCAUUCUGACCAGACAUCUCAAUAAUAUUAAACAUCUUCCAGUUAGUUUAACUGAGUGUAAUUUUUUACAGAAAGAAGAUACUGGAAAUUCUAUCAAAAACGACAUUGGUCGUAAUGAUGGACGACCCCCUCAUUUCAACAAAUUUGGGGGAGUUCCUCAACCAGAUUCAAGGGGGGCUGCUUCAAGGGUCAGCAGCAUCAGGGAUGUUUGCCCCUAAAGGAAGUGUCCUCCUCACCUCCAACGAUGAGGAGGUAAAAAGGUGUGGAAUGUAAUGCAGCUACUAUAAAAGAUAUACAGUGAAACCUCUAUUAAGCAGACACCUUCAGGACCUUCCUAAGUGUCUGCUUAAUAGAGGUUUUAAAAAUUGCACAAUGUUUGUUAACAAUCAACAUUCAAUGGUUACUCCGUACUGUAAUAAAGUUCCAUGUUGUUGAUGAAGCUAUCCAGAGUUCAAGUUCAUUAACUUUCACUACCAACUUUAAUUUGUUUGUAAAUGCAAAAAAACACUGACUGACUUCAGUACGUAUUUCAAGGAGGUAAUCCAAUACGACUUUUGUCUGGUUCAGUCCCUUGUGCUCUUAACAGAGUUUGUUUCAGUGUCCGCGUCUGCUUAAUAGAGCUGCCCACUCAAUAGGGGUUUGUUAUAAAGGAAAAUUAAAUAUAAGAUGUUAAUUUUGCGACCUGGCUUAUAUUAGUGUUUGCUUAAGAGAGGUUUUACUGUAUUUUUGUUUUAAAUUGACCAAAAAAAGGUAGUCAUGAAAAAAAGGGUCUGCAUGCUUUGAUUAAGAGGAAUUAUCAUAAAGGGACAAGGGAUAUGUAGUAUAUGUUCUGCUCUUGUCUGCAGAAUUGAAGGAAGAGUUCAAAGAUUCACCUUCAUGAAGGAUGAGGCAUUCGAACUCUCUGAACAAAGAGAACAAAAACUCAUGGCCCUAGCAGAGGAUAACAAGGUUGUAAUCAAAGAUUUUAGUAUGCACAAUAUAAUAGUUUUAGUAGUAACGGUAGUGGUAUAAUCUUAAAAAUUAAGGGGAAACCCUUUUCCUUAAGCGAUAGAUUUAUAUUGAAGUGAAAGCAAAAAAAAAAAAAAAAAAAUCAACUUUAACAAUUAAUUAAAUAAAAUUGUUUUGGAAUUUUUUUACAUUUUUUUUAUUUUAUAUUUUUAUUAUAUUAAAUAUUUUUUAGUAUAUAAAAAGAGAACAAAAAUUAAUGGCCAGAGAAAAGGAAAAAAAGGUAUAAAAAAAAUAUUUUAGUAUGAAAAAUAAAAUAUUUUUGGAAGAAACGGUAUUGUAAAAAUUUAAAAAAUUAAGGGGAAACCUUUUCCUUUAAGCGAAAAAUUUAUUUUAAAGUAAAAAAAAAAAAAAAAAAAAACACAUCCACUGUCACCAGUCACUAAAUUAUAAUGGUUUGGAAUUGCUUUACCAUUUAUAUGGUCUACAUGUAUAAAAACAUGAACCAUGGUGAGACAACAUUUAAGUCCAUUGGUCACUUUGUGAAAGCGAAUUAUAAUUAUUGUAUAUAAUCUGGAAUUUUUCAGGCAUCAUAUGAUGACCUAUCUCUGAUUCAGCAAAUGAUUUCUGACUUUUUAUUUUUGAACCUAAUAGUAUUUUAAUUAUGCUGAAAAAUGAAAAACAACCUAUGCAUGGCCAGUGAGGAUCAAAUACUUCAAUGUUACUUAUAAAACACAAUGAGUUUGAGGAAUGGAAGUGCAAUCUGUUAGAGGAAAAAAUGUCAAAUCAUAUAUCUUUUUUUUCCUGUUAUGUUGUAGGGCCUCCUCUUGGCAUGGACUAUGAGGUUCAUGCCAUUAUGGAACAAGUUAUCAUCGGAGUUUAUAGACACAAUACAAAGGGCAGUGAGGGCCUUUUUCCAACAGCAGCAGAUCCGUUGGAUCCGAGGUUUAAGUUAUACACUGCUUGCCAAGGCAAUGGUAGGUAUUCAAAUAAUUGAUGUGGAUAUUCAUUUUCUACAUAUACCAGUAUUAUAUAUAGACAAUAAUUCACCAUAAUCAGCAAAAAUUAGGUCAUUGAAAACUAAUACGCUACCACUUAUAUUGCAAGUAAGUGGUCCUCAAUAAAUUGUAGUUUACCACAUAAUUGUAAAGUAUAUAUUCUUUAAAUUCCUAAUAAUUAUUCUGAGCUUAUCGUGGAGGGAGAACAUUUGGGCUUGAUUAAAAAAUUAUUUUAAGAAUACCCACAUAAUAAAAUGUAUCAAGCAUUUCUAGUACCCUGUUGGUUUGCAUAUAUAGGUAGUGUAGUUGAAACUAUAGGGGCCUUCUGAUUAUUAAUACAUUUAUGAAGUUAUUACUUUAUUUCAGUUUUUAGCGUCUGUCCAGAAGAGAACAAAUAUUAUGAGUGACUUGGAAGAAAUGAAAAAGAAUUCAGAUGCACAGUGUAUCACUCUCUUGCCCGUCAUGACCCGCUUCCAAAAAGCAGUCUUUGAACAGAUCAAAGAACAAGUUGGAAAGGUUCUGUGAUAAUUAGUAUUGUUGCAGUCUGUUUAAAAUAUAUUUGAUAUAAAUAACAACCAUUGCCUUCUAUUUAUGUGUACCUCAUAAAGCUGAAGAACACAUGUUUAUGAGUGGGAUAUUCUCACAUGUUAGUGUUCUUUUAAUUGUUUAAAUUAAUAUGGAGGCUGGCCGUAAACGGACUUUUAUAAAUGAAGAGGGCACCUAAUUAUUGCUAAUAGGUAAUUCAACAUUGCAUCAAAUAUUUAUGCUUUUAAUACCAGCUUCAUAAUAAUUAUAUUUUUUUAUUUUUCCUUAAUCCUAAUUCAUAGGUGCACACAUGGAUCAACCCCUUUUGUUCAAUCAAAUUUAGUGAUGGAACCACUGAUAAAUCAUUUGCAUUUUCAAAGGUUGGAAUAAACCUUUUAAGUUCAGAUGUGUCCAUCAGUGUAAGUUAAACUGUCAGUGCAUUCAUCUUUUAACUUAAGAUUAAGGGCUGAGUUCAGGGAUUAAUUUUUGACUCAAAGACUUCAUGAAAAUCUGGUUGCAGAUGACUUCUACUCGUAGAUAACACAUACUAGAAAUAUCGGUGUCGAGUGAAUGCAUUCUUAACACUACACAAAGCCUGCAUGUAUAAGCAAAGCAAAAUGUUAUUUAUGAAAAAGAAAAACCAUGCUCUCCAGAUGUAGUAACUUCACGUGUUUGCUCAAAAUUAAAAAGAAGGGGAACAUCGAUUGCUUUUAAAAAAGAAGAAUUCUUGGUAUUUUGUGGCAAUUUUUAAUAAAACAAUAUUACAAUAUUACUAUUAUUAGAAGUGUUUGUUUUUUAAAAUUACUUUUAGCUGAAUAAGAUUGCCUUAAUAUUCGAAAUUGUUUGGCAUUAAAACUUUUAUCUUCCUGUUAGGAAAUUGACAGUUUCCUCAAAAAGCUUCAUAUGGUCAAUGGCCUGUCGCAGCCAAUAACAUUUGCCUCAGAUGCCAACACACCUAUGUCGGCGUUGAGAUCAAAGAAGGCAGGCGAUGCCGCUGUCACAAGUAAAAGAGCACACAAGAUCCCCCUUGGCAGCCUUGAUCCAUCUUUUGUGGAGUGGCUAAAUUAUGGUAAGCGCCAUUAGUGGAAUAGUAUUACAGUUAUUAUUAUAUUAACAUAAUAUUAUUACACUAUACAAUUACAUCAAAUAUGGACAGUAAGAUCCAUAAAGGAGUAUAUUAAAAUGGAAGCCCUUAAAUGUCAUCCAAGUCUAAAAGACAACUUGACCCCAACAUAUAUUGUUGCGUUUUUAUUUCUUUCAUCAAGGAUUGCAUAACCCAGCUAACUCAAUGCUAUGGUUUUAUUAUCACUGACAGCUCUUGGUAUCACUGACAAAAAACCCGAUAAAGACUUUAAUGUGGGCGAUGAACUGGUUCAAACAGAAGAUCAGUUGCCAUCUACGCAGUUGUAUGAAGAGGUUUCCCUCUUGGAAGCUACAAUUGUAGCAAGAGUGCAAGGUAUGUGA